GUAGCGCCAUAUAUAUUAAGUCACGUGAAGAACAGGACGUUUAUGGCUAUUCCUGGCAGUCCUAUGUGGACCGAUUUUCCAGCUCCGCCGGACGUGUUAAUGCACUAGAUUAACCCAUAACUUACAAUACUACCUGCCCAACAGCCGACAGCUUUGUUAUUUAGUGAUGGCGGCGAGUGCCAAACGAAAACAGGAGGAGAAACACCUGAAGAUGCUUCGGGAGAUGACCAGCCUGCCUCCUAAUAGGAAAUGCUUUGAUUGCGAUCAACGCGGCCCGACCUACGCCAAUAUGACAGUGGGCUCGUUUGUGUGCACCACCUGCUCCGGAAUACUACGAGGACUCAACCCUCCACACAGAGUGAAGUCCAUCUCUAUGACAACUUUCACUCAACAGGAAAUCGAGUUCUUGCAAAAACACAACAAUGAGGUUUGCAAACAUAUCUGGCUUGGGUUGUAUGAUGACAAGAGUUCUGUGAUCCCAGAUUUUCGCGAACCUCAGAAAGUCAAAGAGUUUCUUCAGGAGAAGUAUGAAAAGAAAAGAUGGUAUGUUCCCCCAGAGCAAGCUAAGGUGUUAGCUACUGUCCAGGCCUCAAUAUCCGGUUCAUCUGCUAGCAGCACCAAUAGCACCCCUGAAGUUCUUCCCCAACCUCUCAAAACCCUUCAUCUUACCAAGACCCCAACUAACCAGUCCCCAGUGACCAGUCGGGCUCAGGCCCAGUCGGCAGGGCAGGAGAAAAAAUUUGACCUCCUGUCUGAUUUGGGUGGAGACAUUUUUGCUGCCCCUCCAGCUCAAACUGCCAGUUCUUCAAACUUUGCUAAUUUUGCACAUUUCAACCGGCCCUCAGCACAAAAUAAUUCCGCCACAGAUUUUGCCAACUUUGAUUCCUUUGGAAACGCCAGUGCACCUUCACAUUUUGGCACGUCACCCCCCUCAAAGCCUUCCAUUCAGCAACCCCACACAGGAGGUGGCAUGUCAGUUCCUCCACUGCCUAGUAUGGCCCCACCCCAGGGCGGUAUGUCAAAAGAGGACCGUUAUGCUGCCCUGGCUGAGCUUGACAGUGCUCUUAGUUUCUCAACUUCAAGCGGAGGUCCAGGGCCACAAGGAAAUGUGUUUGGAGGUGUGCCAGCAGCUGCUGCUCCCCCUCCAAAUCAGCCGGGACUACCCAACAUGCAACAGGGUUUUGCAGCUGCUCCUUCCACAAACCCAUUUGUAGCUGCUGGGAUGGUUCAGGAGCCGGUAUCCACAAAUCCAUUCCAAACCAACGGAAGAGCAUCUGCCGCAGCCUCAUUUGGCACUGGCUCCAUGAGCAUGCCAGCUGGCUUUGGGAACACAACCAGUUACUGCCUGCCAACCAGUUUUAGUGGGACCUUCCAGCAGCAAUUCCCUGGCCAAGGUCCCUUUCCCCCACCUGCAGCCUACCACCAACAGCCCAAUGGUGGUUUUCCUAACUAUGGACAGGCCAAACCUAUGGGCACAUAUGGUCAGACUGGACCUGGGAUCUCCAGCAACCCGUUUAUGGGUGGAGGCCCGGCAGGACCAUACCAAACAGGAGGUUCUUCCACAAACCCUUUUCUCUAAAGCGCUUUUUUACGCCACAUCUCAUGCACACAUUCCGCAUCACCAAUGCUCUAAAACAUAAUGUCUUCAAGAAUCUGAAAGUCUUCAGAUUUUGUAUUCACUGCACUGGGUCUUUGACAUUUCUAGAGAAAGAGCUGUGAAUAUGCAGAUGAUGGUUCUCUCCAAACCGCCUGUAUGUUCUUUUGGACAAAUAUUGUUGGAAUCGAAGCGAAACUCCACGAUUGUCCUUCCUCAUUUAUGCCUUUGACUCAAUAAGUAAUGUUUUAUGCCUAGAAAGUAAGCUACUUGUGCAUAUCAGCAUUUGUAAUCCUUUUAAAAACAUGUUAUUCGCAAAGAGAAACUGUGACAGUGCAGCAGAACAAAAUGUCGUCUAGAGGACGCUGUUAUUAGCUGUCCAAACAACCAAGUUUGUGUUUACCGCCUGCUAUAGCAAAAAAUGUUUUGUUCUGUUGAGGUGAAAACAAAUUGUAAGGAAUAUAAACAACUUUUCGCCUCAAGGAGGUAAGGAACACAUGGUUUGGAUUAAAACCUCACACCUGUUGUAAGGCAAAGGAGUUCAGCACAGGAGCGUAUGUAGAUCAAGCAGGUGUCCACAGCACAACAAGACUGAAUUAGAUUUAAGUGGUACAGAACGCUUUUCUAUGAUAUGCCCUUGGAGUCUAUAACUGCAAAAUGGCAGGUCUGACCUGCAGUGUUCUCAUCAGUGGAUUUUGGACCACAUCAAGUUACCAUUACAGGUAUACAAGUUAAUGUGUACAUAUAUAAAUAUAUGUAUAAAAUAUUAAAUGAUUUUUAACUACUGUGUUA